AUGGACUUUGAAAUAGAUGUUAUUUUUGAGGUGUGCGAGGGGAUCUUCUUCUCCAUUGAAGUUAAUCGUUUUGAAACAAUCCGUGAUAUCAAAGAAAAGAUCCAAACCAUCUACCAAAUUCCCAUAUCCCAACAGUAUUUCAUUUUCAAAGGCCAACUUCUCCAAGACCAUCUCUACGUCUAUACAACUCCGAUCCUUCACCACUCACACAUUCGUCUAUUUAUUCCUACCACCAAUGCCGAAAACCUUGCGCCCCCGCCACCGCCCCCGCCGCCGCCACCCAUGCAUGGCCCUUUUUUUCGGGCACAACCGCUGCAACCUUCAACACUUCCAAGAAUCGAAUACGAUCCGCUUCUGAUGCCGGAUAUCUCGUCGUUAUCGCAGCGGCGGGUGAUGACGACAUUGACGGCGAGCGUGAAAAUGCCAAAGUCCAAAGAUCGUGUCCGUAUAGAAUUGGAUAGAGAGGACACUGUUGGGAAGCUGAAGGAAAAGAUUGCGGCGCACGAAGACAUGCAAGGUGUGCCUGUGGAUAGGAUCGCGCUGCAGUUGCAUUCAAUGCGCCAGGAAUUGAACGACCACGUGGCUCUGCAAGAUUAUUCAGUCGUAGACAAUCCUGAGAUUGAUGUGUUCUUGAAGCCGGCUCUUCCUGCGGCCGGCCGCGGAAGAACGCAGUCUGGGAAGCUGAAAGUGAAGGUGUUGCCGAUGCUAACAAAUGAAAGGAUCGAGAUAGAGGUGUUUCCUCUGGACACGGUGUCCGUGUUGAAACCGAAGCUGGAAGAGUUGCAGCGGAGGCUACGGUUCCGUCUUCCGGAAGGUAACGGUUAUUUUUUCAUUCACAGACAACAAGAUAUGCAUGAAGACCAAUCAUUUCAUUGGCACGGAGUUAGAGAUGGUGAUACCAUUGAAACUUUUGAUGGAUUCAUUAUAACAAACUCAUCAUCUUAA